AUGGUGAGUCCAUGCCGCUCAAUUGCGGAUGUGCAUGCUGUAGAGCUCCCCCCGGGCGCAGCUGCCUGCGGAGAGUUCGAGUCCUUCCCACCUCCCAUUCAGUGGCACAGACUCUCGCCUUGGAUUGGUUCGCUGACUGGACGGUUCCUCGCAUUUGCAUCUAGGCCCGAAACUGCCAGCGAGGUGUUCGUAACAGGCACCUUCGACGAUUGGGGUAAGACGGUGAAAUUAGACCGAGUGGGCGACGUCUUCGAAAAAGAAGUCACUCUUCCUGUAGAGAAGACACAGUACAAGUUUGUUGUUGACGGCGUCUGGACUACCGAUAAGAAAGUGCGUCAAGAAAGUGACGGCCAUAACAAUAUCAACAACGUCCUGCUGCCAGAGGAGAUCACUCCCGUAUCCGAAACCUCCGGUUCCACCCCUGCUAUGUCUGGCGUCACUCCUGACUCCACCACCGCCACUCUGGCCGCCGAUGUUCCUAAAGAACAACCCAACGGCAACCUCCCCGGAGCCUUCCCCGAGACGCCUGCACAAGAGACUGAGAAGGCCUUCUCUGUGAACCCAAUCCCCGCUUCAGAGGGCAUCGGCAACCCCAUCCAGUUGCAGCCUGGCGAGAAGGUUCCAGAUCCCAGCACGAUCCACAACAACACCAUUGACUCGACCGUUAAGCUCGACAAGGAGUCUUACGAGAAACCCGAUAGCGUCCCCUUUACCGGUGCCGGUGCCCAGAACGAGAGCCCCGAUUCAAGUGCCUUCAACGUACCUCCUGUCUCGAAGAACACCAUUCCCGAGUCAAGCUUACCUAUCGGCGGACCUGCGCAGCAGGCCGCUGCGGCUGACCCCGGCUACAUGAUUCAGUCCGCUGCUCCCACUUCUACUACGGCCGCCCUGGCUGCGGAGGUCCCUCUGGAGAAGGAUAAGCAGGCCAGCGACGCUACUAUCCAAUCUGCAGCACCUACCUCCACCGCCACCGAUCUGGCUUCCGAAGUCCCACUGGAGAAGAAGAAGGAUGAAGAGGAGCAGCAGUUCUCUAUUCAGCCUGCGCCCUCUGAGCCCCCGGUAACGGAGAGCAAGGAGACAAACAAUGCAACUAUCCAAUCCGCAGCUCCCACCUCUACCACUGCAGCCUUAGCCGCUGCCGUGCCUCUUGAGAAAGACAAGAAAGAAAAUGGCACUGAGCCCGUGAGCGAUGUACCUGAGGUGGUUAAAGAGUCACUUGCUGAGGCCCAUCAAGACCCCGAGGCCGCAGCCAACAAGGAAGCCGUUGAGGAGAAGAAGGACGUGGAGCAAGAGCUCCAGAAAACAGUCGGUCUAGAUGAAUCCCAGGGUGCUCCUGCACCCACCGUCACUGCGGCCACCUCCGCCAUUGCUCCCGGGGUUGCUGCUAACACUGGCUUUGACUCUGCCAAUGUUUCCCCCACCUCAAGCCCUCCUCCUGGUCGUGCGGCCCCGACCUCAGCCCCUCCCCCUGCCGAAUCUAAAGACAUUCCCGCUUCAACCGAGUCUAAUGGCCCGGCUGUGACCACCGGCGUGACUACCGGCAACACCGCCGAGGUUACCACCCCUAAGCCCGCCGAGUCCCACAAGGAUGAGAAAAAGAAGAAGCGUCUGAGCGGGUUCUUCAGUAAGCUGAAGGAAAAGCUCAAGUAG